GAUAUAGAAAGGGGGUGUGUAACAUUUUUUGCUAAUCAAAUAAGGUAACAUACUUUUGAAGUCUACGUGCAAACUAUGGUUAAACCGGUUUCCUUCUAUCAAGAGGUUUCCUUGACAAGCCUUUACUGUAAGUAAUCAAAGCUUUGCUUAAAAGAGCAAAGGAAUAGACAGAAGUCUCUGGGACGUGUUUCUCCUGUCAGAAUUUAUGCAGGUUGAACAGUGAGAAGACAUCCCACCAUGAAGAAUAGGUCUGAGAUGUGCACAUUCUCCUCAGAAAAUUAUCCAGACAAAUUACUCCAACGGAUCUCCCUGCUUCGUUCCCAGAAUGAUUUUUGUGAUGUUACUUUAGAAGUGGACGGUGUCUUAUUCCCAGCCCAUAAGAUAAUACUUGCAUCUGCCAGCACCUAUUGCAAAUUGCUUUUUGCUGACUCCAAUGUUGGUGACACCAUCAAGGUCAAGGAUGUAAGUCGAAAUGGACUCAAGACUAUUCUGGAUUUCAUCUACUCCAACAAGCUUUCCUUGUCUUUGUCCAACAUUGAGGAGACUCUAAAAGCAGCAGAAGUCCUGUUGGUCCGUGAGGCUAUAAAACUCUGUUUUCAGUUUUUGGAAGAUGGUUUGACCCAAGAAAACUCUUUGGACAUUCUAAAUAUUACUAAAAGGCAUGGACCAGAAGAACUGAAGCAGAAAGCCACCAGUUAUGUUGGGCACCAAAAUAAACAUGUACUAAAACAGCCCGGAGACCUUGGUAAAAUAGACAAAAUGAUGCUUUCUGAAAUCCUGGACCAGAAAAAUAUCCCAGGAUACACUGAGCUGGACUUGUUCAAUUUCGCAGUGGCAUGGUUGCAACAUGACCCAUCUAGGCUGCAGGAAGCUGGAGACAUUUUAAAAAGAAUACGGUUCUCGCUCAUUCCUCUGGAAGAUCUCCAGAGACACGUGAAAGAGACGACGAUCAUGAAAACUGACUCUAACUGUUUCAGAUAUCUGCAAGAUGCCCUUCGAUAUCAUUCUCAAAUCUACUCGCAGCCUGUCCUCAACUGGGAGAGUGCGUCCAUCCGCACAAGCUCCGAGAAGAUGCUGGUUCUUGGGGGGAGGACAUCAGACAAUCGAGUCUGUGGGAAUAUGUGGGUUGAAAGUCAAGAUGGAAGCUCUUGGGCUGACCUUGGGGAGCUUUGCACACCAGUCUACAAUCAUUGUGUAGCUGUCAUCAACGAUUUCCUCUUCAUCAUCGGUGGACAAACCAGGUUUGACCCUUCGGGGAAGCAUCCUUCAAAUGAGGUGUUUCGUUUCGAUUCAAGAAAUGGGACAUGGUUGCAGGUGGCUGGCAUGCUGGAGAAAAGGACCCGGUUCCAUGCAGAUGUGGUCGCUGAUCGCAUUGUAGCUGUCGGAGGAGGAACACUUCUGGGGAAUCUCACCAAUACUGUGGAAGAGUAUCAACCCUCCGAAAACAAGUGGGAAUCCACAGCUCCCUUCCCAUUAGCCAUAGCUGAUCAUGCAGGGACAACGCACAAAGGCAUCUUGUACAUCUCAGGCGGUUAUUCAGCUGGUAGGACUUUGAAUGAUGUCUACAGCUACCUUCCAAGACUCCGGCGCUGGGUGGUAAACCGCGCUAUGACAUUUGCUCGUUGUGACCAUGGAAUGGCGACCAUAGGAGAUACAAUAUUCUGCAUUGGUGGUCGUACACUGAACGCGGCCAAAAAAUGGAUCCACGUGAAUGAAACCGAAUAUUACAGCCCUGCAGCCGACCAGUGGAGCUUGUUGAAGCUUUCACCAUUUAACUGCUGUCAGUUCAGCAUCCUGACCCACCAGUCCAAGUUGUACAUCACCGGUGGUGGCUCUUUGAAGAGCAUGAACAAAGAAGAUGGUGUGUUUGUUUAUGACCCCGAAGCCAAGACGUGGUCAAAAGCCGGGUCCUUACCGCAUCCAUUAGUAGAUCACGCUUCCUGUGCUAUCAAACUGCCGCAGCAGAUGAUGGACAAGCUGUCGGAGAAAGGAGAGCUGAGCCCAACGAGUUCCAACAAGAAGAAGUCCACGCUGACAUUGUUUAUCACAGGAAAACCAGACCGAGACGCAUGACACUGCAGUGUCAGUCAACCAGAAUGAAAACGUCAAAAUCCGUUGGGAUUUCAAAGUGAAUUGAAAAUUUAAGGCCAAAGUAGCUGAACCCGAUGCAUAGCUGGCUUGGAGCAUUUUUCACAGUUCUGCUAUUUUGGCCUUCAAUUCGCCUUGAAUUCCCCUUGAAUUCCCAACAAUUCUCACAUUAGCAGAUAGCCCUAAAUAUUUACCAAUGUUUAUUGUUAUAACUUUCCAGUGAGUGAAUAUAUGAAUCAUUCUGUGCCAUCAGUUCGUCUGUAGUAAUGUACAAAUUAAUUUGCUGCAAUAUCGUGAUUUUCUCUAUUUUACUGAAAUUCACAUUUUUCCUUUUGUGUUGUUGGAUAAACAAAUAGAUCUGGUUUGUUUUUGUUCUAAAACUAUUGCAGCCUCUCAAUGUGCACGUUCCCCUACAAGAGGUGAUAUUGGCUUCCUUUUCUUACAGCAUAUUCACUAGCCCUAAUCCCUGCCCAAUCUGUUUAAA